CGUGUGAUCGUGUGGCGGGAACGAAAGUGUUGCGAUUUUUUUUGCUUGCGCAAAAUUUUCUUCUACCUCGCACGUUCUUCUGCGACUGUGACUUGGCCGUAUGAAUAUGCAACAAAAAAGCCGCGCAUUACCCUUCAGAGAAAAAUAAAAUACAAAAACGCCCCACCAGAGCACAAAGCGCAGGCUCUUCUCUUUGGCUUCCCGCAGGUAAGGAAUAUCGGCCGUCGAGAAGAUUGCUCGCUAGUUUUCUUAUGUUCCGAGUGCGAUGUUGGCUCUAUUGAGCUUGUGCAAUCUGCUCCUGUAGCGCAAGUCCUUCAGAUUCGAGAUUCCCUUCUGGUUUUGCGGCCGGCCGCGAUAUUGUUUCUGUGAAGAUUAGUAUGUGAAUCGGCUCGAGACGAGAACUGCCCCAGUUCACGAACUAGUUUGAGAAGGGUCCACACAGAGGUCGAAAAAGAGCACAAACGCCCGAAAAGCAGAGCGAGAAAAGCUGCCGAGCAGGGAAUUUCGGCCGUAGCGCAUAUCUUUCGGGCAGCAUAC